UCAUCUGCAUGGUCAUCAGUUAGCGCAAGAGUUUCACGGGGUUUACACUGCGUGAAAAUCGCGCAUUCCACUCGCGCGUGACACCUUCAACGAGUGGUUUUCAAAAUUUCAACCCGACCAGGAGGACCGGUAUGGAUAGCCCUGGUGGUUAUUAUGACCCUGUAACGGGGCAGCCCAUGGGAUAUGAUCCGGCCACUGGACAACCCUUCUACGGCGAGCAAGUCCAGAACCCGUAUGGCGGCCAAUCAUCGCCGGGUGGUCCUCAGUACGGCAUGCCGGGCCCGAGUGGCGGUCAACCUGAAUACUCCCCGUUCAGCGACACUUCUCAAAGUAUCAUGGCUCCGUCAGGGUCGUUUGAACGUCGACCGAGCCAAACCGGCGUCGCGUGGGACGAAUCCAACAUCAAGAGGACGCUGCACCCGAUUGACAAGGACUACGGCUUCAUGAGGUGUGACGAGCCCAAGACGCCCUUCAGUUAUGGCUUCAUACCCAACGAUCCUCGUAGCAGGCUCGACUACCAAAAUCUGGUUGAAAGGAUGCGGCAACACCAGCAGCAUGUGCAAGAAAUGCAGCGUGCUGCGGCACCAGCUGCGGCACCGCCACCAGGACCAGGGGACUACCACCCACCCCCACGAGACCCCAACUGGGCAAGCUAAAACUACCGGGCCAAGACGUCGCUAGCUGUCUCGUCCAGUUCCCACAAGCCAUGCAUCAAAGCUUUCAGGAUAUUAAGGCGGAAGAAAUAGAAUUGCGGCGUCACUGCUA